AUGGUCACAGUGAAGGAGCUCUACAAGGGCAUCAACCAGGCCACGCUGUCCGGCUGCAUCGACGUAGUGGUUGUGCGACAGCAGGAUGGCUCCUACCAGUGCUCACCCUUCCACGUGCGCUUCGGGAAGCUGGGGGUCCUGAGGUCCAAGGAGAAGGUGAUUGACAUAGAGAUCAAUGGCGAUGCUGUGGAUCUCCACAUGAAGUUGGGCGACAACGGGGAAGCUUUCUUUGUCGAGGAAACAGAAGAGGAGUAUACAUUGACAGCCGUUUGGUGA